GUCAUCGAUUCGUGUGCGCGCUGUUACAGAGCGAGAAACGGAGAGAGAGAAGGCGAAACGGACGAGCGGCCACGAGUGAUUCAGUGUGCGACCGUGGAGCUGGCUGGCUGAGUCAUGGACGGCGAAAAGGGCGAGUUCCAGGCCCUCGGCGGAUCGCUGGCCCUCGAUCAGAAAGGCGAAUUCCAAGCCCUCCGGGGCACACUGUCCCUGGAUCUAUCCAGCGUAAAGCUACGUAAUCCACUUCCUGUUACGACCAAUACUGCUAGUAAUGAGCAACCGCGUGCCGAUCCAACGCUCGAACAAAAGCAGUACGCGCAAGGAUUUCUCGAUGCGCUCCGCACAGUGCAACAGAUUCACAAUUUCGAAUUCGAGAAAAAAGUGCUUUCGCCCGGGUUCCUAACACCGUUGGUCAGCACCGAACUGCUCACUCCACUCAUAUCUCCCUCUAGUCGUGACUACCAAGCGAUAUUGAACGCUAUGGUGGCCAAAACACCCAUCAUGCAACCGAUGGUCGGCACAUCGGCGAGUUCAACGCUUCCGACCGGAUUCCCCACGGCAAUGUCCGUUCCGGGGACGUCGUCGACGAACGGGGUAACUGUUUCGGGAGCAGCGGCACCGUCAACGUCUGCAACGGUCACGGCAGCUGAUCAGCUGGUACAGCAGCAGCAACAACAACAAGUACAAAAAAUAGAGAUCAAGCAAGAACCUCGAUGUGUUUCGGAAGAUUCGACGGAAUCCGAUCGAUCUCGAUCAUCCAGCACGGCGACGCGUGUUCGGUCGAAUAAAAUGGAUUUAGAGCUGGCCAUGGACGAGCAGGAAAAGCGUAAGCUGGACCGAAAGCGUGCUCGUAACCGAGCUGCAGCCACGAAAUGUCGUCAGAAGAAAAUCGAUCGGAUACAGGAACUCGAAGGACAGGUAACCACGGAGAGGCAACGAGCUCAGAAUUUGGACCUAGAAAUGGAAAGUUUGCGUAGCACCUUGCAGCAGUUACAACAAUUGAUACAAAUGCAUGAGCAAAGAGGCUGCGUUCGCAGCUAACGAUCUCAUAUUCAAACCUUCCCUACAUCUGUUUCUCUUUUUUUUGCGUUUUUUUAGAUUUUACAUACUAUUAUUUCAUAGCCAUAACGUGUAGAUGCUGUAUGUUCAAUGAAGAUUCUACCUUUCCCUGUUC